AAUUCGUUCGGUUGGCCUGCAAGGGGAACGCCGACCAUUGGGCUUCUCGUCAGGGACUGCUUUACUAGGGAUCCCGAACUGCAUUUACAUGUAAAGGUAUGUAUGAUGUAUGUAUGUAUGUACGCAUUGCGCAGUUCCGCCCCCGUUCAAAAGCUGGGAGAUUUUUGCUUUUUUUUUCCUCUUUUUUUUUCUGCUUCGGAGAACACCCCUGGUCCUCAGACUUUGUCCUGUACCUACCUCCUAUGCUUGUCCUGCUUGUCUUGUAACAAUGACCAAGCCAAUUACGGUAGGUUAUACACUGCUCCAAAUAGGCCACCGAUUACAUGACACCAUGCGGUCAGGGGCGGAAGUAAGCGAAGAGAACCGCGGCGCCACGGAUCUCUUAGUUCUUACUGCUUUCAUAACCUUAACCGACCUGGGAAACUGCCAAUUCGACGAAGCGACGGUAGCAAAAACACUCAGAUUUAUAGCAUUUAGGUUUAGGUACUGGGCAUUGUCUAUUAUCACCGAUACUCAACAGAGUAAGACAUUUCGUUACAGGGGAAAGGGGUCACUCCUCCAUGGAAAUGCACAAAUUUUAAGAGAGAAAAAAUCUUUCUACCUUCAACAGCGACGCUCCGUUUGAUAGGCGGGAAGGAUUCUUUGUGCGAACCGCUUCGCACACACGGAUCCGUAGAGAUCGACUGCAAAGGACUUUUUUAUCUCUCUCAGGCCACGUUUCUGGUCCAUCCGAAUCGGAGUUUAUCAACCACACCUCCACCGGCCCUGUAGGUAUCGCAAUGUGAAGAGGAACAAACCUCGUGGCAUGCCUGCGCCGCCCGCCCACCUAAGGAUGAUCCCAACCCCCGGGCGGAAUCCUGG